CAAAGGGGACAAAGAAGAGGUGUGUCUAACUCGAACCUCCCCCUUCUGCUUGAUAAGCACAUCGCAUUAGCAGAACACUUACCCUGGCUAUUUCUGCAGGCGAUCACGCCGAACAAGCAACUGCACGUGGUGGAUGUAAUGAACUGGAUCCAGGAGGUUAUAUCACAUGGUCCAGUGCUUCUUUGAAUGGUCACUGCCUGUGUCUGGAGAUGAGGGAUGAGAGGAUUUUCACUGCUGGGAAAGAGAAAUGGACUAGGGAAAGCACUGGGGCCCAGACUCCUCCUCCCUGGGAAAAUGUGUGUGAGUGCCUGUGUGUAAAGGAGAGUGGAGAGCAUGAGAGAAGUGCACAAUGAAGGGCAGAAGAGGAUACAAUACGAGGUUGCAUAACCUGAAAAUAGUGCUCUGCUUUCUCAUGCUACUGCAGAUAUCUGUGGACUCUUAAGAAGCCAUGCUGAGGAACACACAAUGAAUUUGUGCUCUACAUGUAACAACAUUCCAGUCAUGUUUAUGUUAUUGCAUACAGCCAUGUGCUCUCAAACCUCAGAAUUGAUACAUCAGCUGCUAGCUUGAUCUGCUCUGCAAUAGCUCCUCAGACACCAAGGAGAGCACAACUGUGAAGGACACACGCCAAAGGAUUACAGUGAUUGAUUGAGUAGUAAUUCACUCACAACAUGGGAAGUGUACUUCAGUGCUGUUACAGAGUGUCACAUUUUAUCUGGCACAAAGAUGUUCCUGACCAGACUGAGGAAGGAUCACCUCUUUUGUCAUGGGAGAACAGUAACACCGAAAGCCUCUCUCCAUCAAGAACUUCCACUGACAUGCUGGAUUCUCCUGCCCUGGACCAGGGCCACCUUCUUUACCCUGACAUAGUCCUGAGCAGUAAUCUUCGAGCUGCCCAGUACAGAGAAGGUGUAACCCAGCAACAGGAGCUCAUGUUAGAGGCGAGAGGACAAAAUCAAUGGAGAAGAGAGGGGAAGGGUGAAAACCAUGAAGAGCUUGCAGGAGAAGAGGACAUAGAGGGAAUGCCAAGCACAAAUAUCAUUCAACAGGAGUUCCAGUAUUUAGAUAGAAAUCAGUUAUGCACCACUGAGAAUGAAUGGCCCUUACUGUCUUCCUUCCACUCAUGGCCUACAGAGCAAUCAAAUAUUGAUAGUUCUACCUCUCAGACCCUGAUAUACACCCAAGGCCUGGGAACUGGCAUUUGGAAGUCUUCCCUCUGUCAGGGUGCGCAGUUACUAGCACAGGGUUAUGGGAGGAAUGGACUUAUUAUUUCAGAGCCACAACCCACUGGUACCUCCAGCACGUCUUCACAGGGCAAAGUUGUGAAGGAUGCUACAAAGACUACUUUUGAUGCCACUCAGGCAGGAGAGAUUGGGAUUCAUAAUGAGCAGAGAGAACGAGGUGCCACCCAGUCAGCCAAGGGCAUAGAACAGAUAGAGCUAAACCUGGCACACAGGGACCCAAGUCUAGCACAAAAGGUACAAGGAAUGGAACAAAGAGCAAAAUGCAUGCUGCAAGAAGUGCACAGUGUUGUUAGGCAUGAAAAAAGGGUUGCAUGUUCAGGCAAAAAUGCAGCUCAGAUAGAUGAAAAUACAGUAGUGAAAAUGGACCUUGAGGACAGCAAACAGAUGGAACAUUGCUCAAUUCAGAUAGAAUAUAGAGAAGCACAACAUAAAGUGAACAUAUCACAGCUAGAUGAAGAUGAAAUGAAGAGUGAAACAAUUAUUAUGGCUCGAGAUAGGGAAAGUAGAGAACUAGAUUUAGAACUUACAGACCAGGAUACAUUAUCUGCAGAAGAUGCCGUGCUAAAUUUAUCAAAGACAGACCAGCUUGGUUUAAAGUGGGAAACCACUCAGACAGGGGAAGACAUUACACAGAUGGCAAAAGCCAUGAACCAGACGGGCAGGACAUUAGCAGAGAUGGAAGAGCCAGGGUUAGCAAUACAUCAAGACGUGAUAGAACUAAGUUUUGUUCUAGAGGGAAAGAAUGGCCCAAAUUCAGAUAUGCUGCAGUUAGAACAAGCACAGGCUAAAGAAAAUGUUGGCCAGACAGAAGGAAAUGCAGUGCAGAUCCAACAAGAGAUAAAUGCAUCACUAAGACAGCAGGGUGCUAAGAAGACAGCCCUGGCCAUGGACCAAGGCUCGGAACAGUUUACCCUGUUUGUGGUUGACAAGCUGUUCCUGGAUACCCCAAAUAUGACAGGACUUGGGAAUCUAGAUCGUGCGCUUAGUGACCAAGAGAUGUUGGAGCUGGACAGUUAUGGUGACAAAGCACAGCAGGAGGAUCCUGCUGCACUAGAACCAGAUGCCUCUGAUGACAUGGGGUUCACAAUCAAGAUCCAAGCCCCUGGCAUUGAGCCCACUGAUUUCCAAGUGUCACCUUUAGCAAUGGUACAGGAAAUCAAGCAGGUGUUGAUGGACCACGAGGAGACGUGCCACCGUACCUGCUUCUCCCUGCAGUUAGAGGGGAACACACUGGAUAACUUCAGCUACCUGAAGGCUAUCACCAGCCUACAAGAGGGUUCACUGCUUAAGAUAGUGGAAGAGCCAUAUACAGUUCGAGAGCUUCGUAUACAUUUGCGCCACAUCAGAGAUCUGCUGAAGAGCAUGGACCCCACAGAUGCUUAUAAUGGUAUGGAGGGUAGCUCAUUGACGUUCCUCAGGUUCUUCAGUGAAGAACACAUAGAAGAGAGCAGCAGGGUCAGUAAGAGGGGUGAUGAGCUUAAACUAUUCAACUGCAGCCCCCCGGAGUAUAUUCUCCCAGGAGCUAAAGAAUGCUUACUUAGACCUCUGCAGCCUCAAACCAAGAACUUAAAGCCCACUGAAUGCCUGAAGGUCCUGACGACCAGUAACUGGAACCCUCCUCCAGGAAACAGAAAGAUGCAUGGCGAUCUCAUGUAUCUUAACAUUGUUACCAUGGAAGACAGACACUUCAGCAUUACAGCAUCUACUCGGGGCUUUUACCUCAAUCAAUCCACCACUUACAGAUUCAACCCAAAGCCAGCAAAUCCCAGUCUGCUUAGUCAUUCUUUGAUGGAGCUCCUGAGUCAGAUCAGUCCAAUUUUUAAGAAGAACCUCAGUGCUUUACUGAAGAAGAGAACAUCUACGCAUCCCUUUGAAAGGAUAGCCACACCAUUCCAGGUGUUCAGCUGGACUGCCCCAGCACUUGACCAUGCCAUGGACUGUGUUCGGGCUGAGGAUGCCAGCCCCUCCUGUUUGGCCUAUGAAGAACAUGUGCCUGGACAGAUUCGUGACUGGAAUGAAGAGCUUCAAAGCACCAGAGAACUAUCACGCAAGAGCCUGAAAGAUCGUCUGUUGAGGGAUAGGGCCAUCUUUAAGGCUAACAGUGACUUUGUGAGCAUUGCCACAAAAGGUGCCAUGGCGGUGGUCGAUGGCGACGUGAUGCCUAUCAACCCUGGCGAAGAGCCGUGCAAUCAGAUGUACAUUUGGAACAGCAUCUUGUUCAGCUUGGGCUUUGACACACGUGAACACUAUCAGGCAUUGGGUGGUGAGGCCGCUGCCCAUGCCGCCUCAGCCGUCGAUCUAUGUGGCGUUAGGGCAUACAGCACAGUCGAUGCAGAUGGACUAUAUGUGCUUGGCACUGUGGUGGUGGACUACCGAGGUUACCGUGUCACCGCUCAGUCCAUCGUUCCAGGCAUUCUAGAGUGUGGCCAGGAGCAAGCUAUGACCUAUGGCUCCACUGACUUUGGAAAGACUGUCAUCUCUGAUGAAACGUACCUGAAGUUGUUGGAGAAACCCAGCAAACACCUGAGAGUGCAACGACACCAUGUGCUUAAUGAAGACAACAUGGCUGUAGAGUUAUGCUCCUCAGUGCAAUGCAAGGGCAUUGUGGGUAACGAUGGCCGGCACUACAUUCUGGACCUGCUGUUCACAUUCCCGCCAGACCUCAACUUCUUGCCAGUGGAAGGGGAGGAGCUAAACCCUGAGUGCCAGCUGCUAGGUUUCCCACAGCAACACCCACAUCGCUUAGCCUAUCUGAGGCAAGAGAUGACUGAGGCAUUUGUGAAGCACAGAAACGCUGACAUUUUCUUCAACCCUAACAUUUUCUCACCAGGUGUACGUUUUCCAGUGGAAAGCUCUAAGGACAUCCAGGAACAGAAACAGCUUUUAAAGGAUGCUGCAGCCUUUCUGAUUUCCAACCAAAUCCCUGCCUUAAUUCAGAGUUGUCUUGAUCACACUUCAAUGCCCAUGGAUGGUGGCACACUGACCGAGGCUCUGCACCAACAUGGCAUUAAUGUCCGAUACCUGGGCACUGUGCUGGAGUAUAUUGAGAAGUCUCCCCAGAAACUCAGACUGGAUCACAUUUAUAGAACUGCACUGUGUGAACUGAUCACCCGAUGCACAAAACAUCUGUUCAGGACAUACUUACUAGCGGUGGAGCCAUCUGCCCUCUCUGCUUCAGUCAGCCAUUUCCUCAACUGCUUCCUCAGCUCUUCACCUGAUGGGCUGGGUCCCCAGCAGGUCGAUGGACUAGCAGCCAAGCGCAGGAGCCGGAGGAGAAGGAGUCGCGGCUCCGUGGGGGGAGCCAUGACCACAUGGGCUGUCAUGACCUCCAGUGACCUCUGGAGAACCAUCCAGGCUGAGACUAUGGAAUACUAUCAUUACUGCCUGCCGUGCGGCAAUGUAGAGCAGGCAGUGGGCAGGUGCGGUCUACAGAGAUUAACCCUGCUCAGAGAGCAUUCCAUCAAAACUGGCAUACAGAUGCUUAUCAGAGAAUACCACUUUGAUGCUAAGCACAAACCAGUGUUCACUGAGGAAGACAUCCUCAACAUUUUUCCUGUAUUGAAGCACAUCAGCCCAAAGGCCAGUGAUGGCCUCUGUCUCCUGCACUGUGGUCAGGCAAAGGUCCAGCAAGGUAGCUUGAAAGAGGGUUGUGAGCUGAUCAGUCAGGCCCUGGGCCUGUUCACUAACGUGUACGGCGCUCUGCACCACGAUGUCUGCACCUGUCUGCGCCUCCUGGGCCGCAUUCACUACAUCCUGGGCGAAUAUGCUGAGGCACUAAGUCACCAGCAGAGGGCUGUACUGAUCAGUGAGAGAGUGUUGGGAAUAGAGCAUCCUAACACCAUAAGGGAGUAUAAGCACCUGGGCCUCUACUGUUUUGCGGGUGGCCGAGCGGCUACUGCUGUGAGGCUGCUGUACCGGGCCCGCUAUCUCAUACUGCUGGUGUGUGGAGAGGAUCACCCAGAAAUGGCCCUACUGGAUAGUCCUCUCUCACCUGUUCAGAGUAAGAUUGGCCUCAUGCUGUACAGCAUGUUGGAGUGUGACCUCGCCCUGAGCUUUCUGGGGAAUGCCCUGGCCAUGACUUCCAAAUACCAUGGGCCUACUUCCCUUAAACUGGCCCACAGUCAUCACUUAAUGGCAAAGGUGUUUGAGAGCAAAGGAGAGUUCCGUUCAGCUCUCAGGCAUGAGAAGGAACGCUAUAUGAUCUACAGGAACCAGGUUGGAGAGUCACAUGAGAAGACAUGUGAGAGCUCAGAGUACUUGAAACACCUCACAAAUCAGGCUGUGAUUCUGCAGAGGACCAUGAACAUGAUCUGCAAAAACAAUUCGGAGGCCAGUAUUGCUUCUCUCAAACUGAUUGCCCCAAGACGCCUCUGGAUUAUGGAGCAGCUAAAUCUUGUAACUGGCAUAGUCCUGAUCCCCCUCAGUAACAAGGACCUUGAAAUUCUCAGAGCUGAGUCCCAUUAAACAGAUGCCUAAAUAUGAAGAGACUUUUUAUUUGUCAGUCACCAAUUACAGGAGCACAAUUAUCUUCUUAUAUAAUGUUGGAAAACCAAUAUUCAAUGUUGUACAUUAAAUGCAGUGCAUUAGUGAAGAGCACUCAAGAUCAUAAUGAUGUCAAGAAGGAAAAGGAUCUGAUCUGAUUUAUGAAUGAAAUAAAUGAGGGGAGAAAUGAUCUUGGAUUACAUUUCUUGAACAACUGCACAUGUCCAUGUUUGUAAAAGUCUAAAAUGCAGUGGUUUUCAUUUUCCCUUGUACAAAUCUUAAAACAGCAAGUAAGGAAAUUAUUAGAAAGUUUCAAAGUUUGAAAAAAAUGAAUAAUAUUCUAAAAUAAUUAAUAAUGGAUGCAUAACUUUUAGCUAUUGUCAAAAAUAUUGUCAAGAAAUUUUUUGUGAACUAUGUUUUUGGAGUAUGCAAUACUCGUUUGGAUAAAUGUGCAUGUAGUGAGAGUUGUUUGCCUAUUACAGGACAAAGACUUGAACAUGCUAUUGUGAAAAAUGUUUUGUGAAAAUUACUAAUAUAAAUAAAG